AUGACAUACAAAAACGGAGGCCCCAUCAUUGCUGUGCAGGUCGAGAAUGAAUAUGGUUCAUAUCAUCUGGAUAAAAGAUACAUGUUGUAUAUUAAAAAGGCCCUGGUGAAAAGGGGAGUGGAUGUGCUGCUCAUGACUGCUGAUGAUGGACAAGGACUGAUAAGAGGCCACUUGGAAAAGGUGAUUGCCACUGUCCACAUGAAGAAUAUAAAGAAAGAAACUUAUGAAAAGCUCUCUUCAAUUCAAGGUCGUAGCCCCAUAUUGAUGAUGGUAUAUACAGCAAACUCUUUGGAUGGAUGGGGCACUCUCCGCCAUACUCUGGAUGCAAAUGUGUUAAUGAAAGACGUGCGUGAAAUGUUCAACUUGAGGUUCUCCCUCAACUUCUAUAUGUUCCAUGGUGGCACCAACUUUGGCUUCAUGGGUGGAGCUGCAUCUUUACAGAAUUAUCUCCCUAUGGUCACCAGCUAUGGCAAGCCCUUGCUCUUAGAGAUUCACUGCAAAACCCAUUACUUUGGAUCUCUUACUAGCAUCAGGGAAGCCAUGCUCUGUGGCUGGGCCCUUCAUUCUUUGUGGCUUUGGGAUAGCAGAGUACAUUGUGUCCUUGAAUGGGGAUGGGAGAGGACCUUGGAAUGGCCCAACCUCCUGUUUUUCAUUGCAGAGAUUCCCAAGCUCUCCAGAGAAGAUGCUAGACCUAAGGCUGUGUAUAAGUCAGUGAUAACAGCAUACUACAUGUCACUGUGGGACAUCCUGACCUACCUGGACGAGCCCGUCAGGUCUGCCAAGCCGAUCUGCAUGGAGAAGCUGUCUGUGAACCAAGGGAGUGGUCAGUCCUAUGGGUACAUACUUUAUGAGACUGUCAUCACCACUGGAGGCCUCCUCGCCUCAAGGGGUCAUGUUCAAGAUCGGGGUCAGGUGUUUUUGGAAGAGAAGUAUAUAGGAAUCCUGGAUCAUUCCACUAAUCAGCUGACUAUUCCCAAGGAAAAAGGCCAGAAGGAUUACCUGACAUUGAGGAUCCUGGUGGAGAAUCAAGGCCGACUCGCCUAUGGGCAGGAUAUCAAUAAGGAGAGAAAAGGUUUAACUGGGGAUAUCUAUCUGAACAAUUCUCCAUUAAGAAACUUUAAAAUCUACAGCCUGGAGAUGAACCCUAAAUUCCUAAAAAGGGGCCUUCCUAAAAUCUGGAAACCAGUGAUUCACAAACUUCAGGGCCCUGCCUUCUUCCUCGGCAUCCUGAGAGUUGGUAAUUACCCCAAAGACACCUUCAUAAAACUUGAGGACUGGACAAAAGGAGUAAUAUUCAUCAAUGGACAAAACCUGGGACGCUACUGGAAUAUAGGUCCCCAGGAGACCUUUUACCUUCCAGGACCCUGGCUUCAACCUGGGUCAAAUGAGAUCAUCGUGUUUGAGGAAUUUAAAUCUGGCACAAAGAUCCAGUUCACAAACAUGUCUCAUCUAGGUACAGUAUUCUGGAGGGUAAUUUGCAGCAUCUGGGACAAUAGUGUGGUUCUUUCUAGUUGUGAUAGAGAGAAAGAAGGCGGAACGUGCACCAUCUCCCAGGAACCUGAACCCUUCCUCACUGCCCUUGCAUGAGAGCCAGAUUUCCUCUUCUACUUGUCACAGCUCCACUCAUCCCCUCAUCCCCUCCCAUUUUACGAUGACCUAAAUAGUCCACUCCUGUAACAGCCCUAACCCAACUCCCUCAGCCUCCCUUCCUUCCAUACAUUCCACUGUGUCUCUGGAUCCCUAUCUCAUUGCAAACCAAGGUCCUAACAUCCUCCAAUUCUUAGAUUUUCUGGAACUUAUCAUGUUUCCUAAUGCUUUUUCUCGUGAUGCCAUGUUUGACAAUUCCAAGGCACUUUUUGUAGCACCCUUUCUCAGGUUGCCAUGGGCAGGGGAUUCAUGGCGCAGUCACAACAGGUGGAAGUGUUGCAGACUCUCUGUGCCUGCCCGUGGUGGAUGUCUGGUGUCUGUGUGCUCAGACUUCCUUGCUCCUUUGUUGGUAGCGGGAUCCAGAUAUCCUUUUGGAGAAUCACCCACGCUCCCUUCAUUAGAGUCUUUAGGGAUUCAAAAUCCAUCUGCCCUUCCUCCCCACCUGCAACUGUCCCUCAGUCCCAGGAGUGGGCCUGUGAUGUACGAUAUACCACCCAGACUUUCUUUUCCAGGAUAUUGAAUCCAGAGUGCCGUGACAUAAAGUAGGGAAUUGAUUGAGCUGAGUCAUUUCAACAAUGGGGCCGUGAGUAACCUUCCAGUCCUGGCACCCUAGGUCGCUGGAACUACCCUCGCUUCCCCAUUUCUCCCAAGCCCCGCUCGGGGUCUACCAUCCACUUCCCAAUCCAUCAGUACGUUCCUCUUUUGGCAUAAGUUAGCUAACCUGUUUCUGAUUCUUACAAUAAAAUAAACCUACUUAAUGUGUACCCUUUGUCAUAUUGCUACAAUAAAAGCUGUUUGACCACCAAAUAAAAUGUUGAAAAAAAUGAGAAGAUGCUCAGAGUACUUGACCCCACAAAUGUAAAUCUGAAGCAAAAGUGA